AUGUCUACCUACCAAACCGAGGAAAUCAUGGCCGAAGGAGGAGUCCGUUGGAUUCUCUCCCACGAAGAACGCGAGCAUCUCGGAGAGCUCCUCGAUGUCGAUGCCUCCACCUUCGACAACCUCAAAGGGAACAUCAUGAACCGCUCCCGCAUGGCAUGCAAGAAAUGUGGCAAACUUUCGGGUUUGGAUGACAUAGUCCACGGAGCUGUGGAGCUGGGUGUUCAUACUAAGGGACUUAUGAUAUAUACUUUGGUUCAUGGACCCACUGGGGGCUCACCGGCUCAUGCUGUGGAUUGUUCAAGGUGUUCUGAACAGUUUGAGGGAGUGUUUUUGUGGUUUUCGCCGUCUAAUUGGUCUUACUAA